GCUCCGUAAAAUCGUGAAACAGCAGUGUAAUACCGUGAAACCGAUAUCGUUGCAAAUCGCCUGGUAUCUUCCAGGAAUAUUAACAAGCAAGAAUCAAGCAAAGCUGCAAAAUGUCAGUGAUUGGAAUUGAUUUCGGAAACGAAUCCUGCUAUGUGGCGGUUGCUAAGGCCGGAGGUAUCGAAACCAUCGCAAAUGACUACAGUUUGCGAGCCACGCCAGCUUGCGUGGCAUUCGCGGGACGUAAUCGAGUGUUGGGUGUUGCCGCCAAAAAUCAACAAGUUACGAACAUGAACAACACGAUCGCAAACUUUAAGGGAUUGCUUGGACGCAAAUUUAACGACCCUUAUGUGCAGGAAGAGCUUCGUACGCUACCGUACAGGACGGAGGCUUGCCCGGACGGUGGUAUCGGUAUAAGGGUGAAUUACCAGGACGAAGAGUGUGUGUUUACCCCGGAGCAGAUCGUGGCGAUGCUGUUCACCAAGCUAAAAGAUGAUGCAUUUAAAGAGCUAAAGGCCCAAAUUAACGAUUGUGUCAUCACGGUACCGUCGUACUUUAGCAACGCUCAACGUCAAGCCCUGCUGGAUGCGGCCAACAUUUCGGGCUUGAACGUGUUGCGGCUCAUGAACGAAACUACGGCUACGGCUUUAAGUUAUGGCUUUUAUAAGCAGGAUUUGCCUGCUCCCGAAGAAAAGCCGCGAAACGUUAUAUUCGUCGACUGCGGCCAUGCAUCUUUACAGGUGUCUGCCUGUGCUUUUCACAAGGGCAGUCUGAAAAUGUUGGCCAGCUGUUCGGAUUCUGUAGGUGGUCGCGAUUUUGACCUAGUGCUGGCAACGCAUUUUAACAAGGAAUUUCAGACCAAGUACAAGAUUGAUGCUUCGUCUAAGAAGAGAGCGUUUCUGCGUCUGAUGGCUGAAGUAGAAAAGCUGAAGAAGAACAUGUCAGCUAACAGCACAAAACUGCCCCUCAACAUCGAAUGCUUUAUGAACGAAAUCGAUGUCCAUUCAUCGAUGCAGCGUUCGGAAAUGGAGGAACUUUCGGCCCAUUUGUUCCAGCGCAUUGAAGCAACGAUGCGCAAGCUGUUGGCCGAUUCGAAGCUUACGCUAGAGGACAUCCAUUCGGUGGAAAUCGUCGGUGGUAGCAGCCGCAUCCCGGCCAUCAAACAGCUGAUUGAGCAAAUCUUCGGCAAGACCGCCAGCACCACGCUAAAUCAGGAUGAGGCUGUCUCCCGUGGAGCGGCUUUGCAGUGUGCAAUUAUGUCGCCUGCUAUGCGCGUUCGUGACUUUAACUGCACGGAUGUACAGGCCUAUCCAGUGCUGAUAUCGUGGAUGGACGCCGAUGGCGCGCAUGAGAUGAAAGUAUUCGACCAAUACCAUGCAACACCGUUUACGCGACUGCUGACCGUCCACCGUAAGGAGCCGCUGACGAUCAAUUUGCAUUACGAGCCGAACAGUGUGCCCUAUCCGGAUUCGUUUAUUGGUGCAUACCAUUUGAAGGGUAUUAAGCCGGAUGCAAAUGGCGAGGCACAGGAGGUAAAGGUGAAGGUACGCAUCAACCACCACGGUAUCAUUACGAUAUCCAGUGCGACGAUGUACGAGCGCAAGGAAAGCGAAGAACCGGCAUCACCUACGCCAGCCACAAAUGGUGACGAAAAGAAAAGUGUUGAUGCUACCCAAAAUGCAGCAUCCCCGCAGGGUGACGAAUCUGGCAAGGUUGGAGAACCUAUGGAUAUUCAAGAGGGUAGCGAUGAUGAGCAUCCUAAAAAGGACUCUAAACCCAACGAUAGUAGUGGAGAGGGUUGGACGCAACGUGUCACCAGAUGGUUCACAUCGGAUAAGAAGAAAAAAGUUACUACUAAACAAGUGGAGCUGACAAUUGAUGCGAAAACGCACGGCUUUGUGCAUGCCGAACUGUCCAAAUACUUCGAGGAAGAGAUGAAAAUGAUUGCAAACGAUCGUCAAGAGAAGGAGCGCAUUGACGCCCGCAAUGCCCUAGAAGAACAGGUAUAUGAAGUGCGUGAAAAAAUUCAAGAAGAUGGCGCCCUGCACGCAUACAUCGAUCCUCAAGAUGCCGCUGCAAUUUGUCGGGAGUUGGAGGAAACGGAGAACUGGCUGUACGAGGAAGGAGAAUCCUGCGAAAAAGGUGUAUACAAAGAGCGGUUGGAAAAAAUGCGCGCCAAGAUUGAGCCAGUGCGAAUCCGUUGCGAAGAGUUUAGUGGUCAGGAGCAAGCAUUUACUGAACUGGGACACGCUGUUCAACAAGCUUUGAAAGCGGUGGAACAGUAUCGUGCCAAGGAACCGAAGUACGAGCAUCUUACGGAAACGGAAAUGAUUAACAUUACCGAGGCGGCACAAAAGGCACAACAAUGGUACGAAGGGGCACGAUCGAAGCUGGUCAGCGUAAGAAAAACUGAAGAUCCGCCAGUGAAGUUGGCCGACAUACGCCACGAGACGCAAACUCUCACGACAUGCACGAACUCGGUACUGAAUAGACCGAAACCGAAGCCGCCAACUCCGCCAGCUGACCAGCAGAGCAAUUCAGCAACGGCGGGUAAUAAUGCGGGACAAGAUUCACAAUCAAAAGCCGCGGGAGGUGAUUCUAAUACCCAGAAACAAACGACAGAAGAUUCGAUGGAUGUGGAAUAGACUUCUCAUCUUGUUUGGUAGCGUUUAACGUUCAGAGCAACCAGCAGC